AUGUCGUCUGGCAGCUGGGGUGAGCAGGGAGUCAAGCGCGGGCGAGCAAAGGUGACAGGCACCCGUGUUCCUGCACGUCGAACGGGUCGAAGGCAGUCAGUCGAGUUUGACCAAGUUGAUCACGGCGGCUCUGACCGUGGCACGGUAUCAUCAGGUUCCAUCCGGACAGCUGCCAGGAGCCGUGGUGCAUACUUUGUAGCGCGCGUGCGUCAGAGGCAAGCCGGACCAUCGGUCCAUGUCAUUGAGCUCCGGAGAAGACAAGCGAAAGACGGUGCACCAGUGCAUUUUGGUCGUGAUGAAACGACAAGAAGCUGGCGGAUGGUGAUGCCGUGGUGGUGUGCCCCUGCGUCAGAGAGCAUGGUGCAACGGGACGAUGGGAUGGACACCGUAGUGGCGAUGCCGCGAUGGAGGAUAAGACGCCAGUGGGAGAGACACGGCGGGCGGCAAGGCGGCGUCAAACAAUUCGGUUCUCCACGAUUGUCGAUAGCAACCGACAAGAUGUCCCCACCUCCCGUCUACGAAUAG